CGAGCAUGGCCGCGCCGCAUCUGCAUCUGCUGCUGCUGAUCAUGUUCCGGUCAGCGGCAGGUGCGCAGGGAUCCGAGUCCGACACGGACCGGGACGCGCUGCUUGCGUUCAGGGCCGGCGUGUCGGACGGCGGCGGCGCGCUCCGGUCCUGGAGCAGCACAACGCCUAUCUGUCGGUGGCGCGGCGUGACCUGCGGCACGGGCGACGACGACGGGCGCGUCACGUCGCUGAACGUCACGGGCCUCGGGCUCACCGGCACGAUCUCCCCGGCCGUCGGCAACCUCACGCACCUCGAGCGCCUGGUCCUCGACAAGAACGCGCUCUCCGGUGCCAUCCCAGCGACCAUCGGCGGGCUGCGGCGCCUGCGGCACCUGGGCCUGUGCGACAACGGCGGCAUCAGCGGGGAGAUCCCGGGCAGCCUCCGCAACUGCACCAGCCUCAGGGUGGCCUACCUCAACGACAACAGCCUCACCGGCGGCAUCCCGGCCUGGCUCGGGGCGACGUCGUUCCCCAACCUCACGUACCUGUACCUGCACCGGAACUCGCUGUCCGGCGACAUCCCGCCGUCGCUCGGCAGCCUGACAAAGCUCCGGCGCCUCAGGCUAGACGAGAACCGCCUGCGGGGCAGCCUGCCCCCCGGCCUCGCCGACCUCCCGUCGCUGGAGGAGUUCACCGCGUACGGCAACCUCCUGCACGGAGAGAUCCCGCCCGGCUUCUUCAGCAUGUCCUCGCUCCAGGUUCUUGCCCUCACCAACAACGCGUUCCAUGGCCGCCUCCCGCCCGACGCCGGCGAGCGCAUGCCCAGCCUUAUGUAUCUGUACCUCGGCGGCAACAAUCUGACCGGUCCCAUCCCGGCGACGCUUGCCAAGGCCUCCAAUCUGACGAUGCUCAGCCUAGCCAACAACAGCUUCACCGGGCAGGUGCCCUCCGAGAUCGGCACGCUCUGCCCACAGUGGCUGUACUUGUCCGGCAACGAGCUGACUGCCGGCGACGGCGACGGCGACGAGAAAGGCGGCUGGGAGUUCCUGGACCACCUUGCCAACUGCACCAGUCUGCAGGUCCUGGGCCUUGACAACAACAACCUCAGCGGCACGUUCCCAAGCUCCAUUGGCGACCUCCCGAGGGAGAUCCAGGAACUCUACCUCGGGCACAACCGCAUCUCUGGGUCCAUCCCACCGGGCAUCGGCAACCUCGUCGGGCUCCAAUCGCUGGGGCUCGAAGCCAACCUCAUCGACGGCACCAUCCCGGAAGGGAUUGGGAAUAUCAAGAACCUGACAGAGCUGCGGUUGCAGGGGAACAGGUUGACGGGGCCAAUCCCAGACUCCAUUGGCGACCUCACUCAUCUGCUCAAGCUUGAUCUGAGCGGCAACACGUUGAGUGGAUCCAUUCCUCGCACUCUAGGCAACCUGACGCACCUGACCUGGCUCAACCUCUCCGGCAACGCCCUCACCGGCCACGUCCCAAGGGAAAUCUUCAGGCUGCCGUCCUUGUCGUCGGCGAUGGACCUGUCGCGCAACCAGCUGGACGGUCCACUACCCUCUGACGUCUCCGGCCUCGUCAACCUUGCGCAGCUAGUACUGUCCGUGAACCAAUUUUCUGGUGAGUUGCCGGGAGAGCUGGCAAGCUGCCAGAGCCUAGAGUUUCUUGACCUGGAUGGCAACUUGUUCGACGGAACCAUCCCGCCGUCGCUGAGCAGGCUCAAAGGUCUCAGGAGGCUCAACCUGACGAGCAACAGGUUGUCCGGGAGCAUCCCACCGGAGCUCGGCGACAUGUCCGGCCUGCAAGAGCUCUACCUCUCCAGAAACGACCUGACAGGAACGAUUCCAGAGGAGCUGGAGAAGCUCAGCUCCGUGAUCGAGCUAGACUUGUCAUACAACCACCUCGACGGCGGCGUGCCGCUGCGCGGCGUGUUCGCCAACGCUACCGGGUUCAAGAUCGCAGGGAACACCGCCGGCCUCUGCGGUGGCGUCCCGGAGCUGGACUUGCCCCGGUGUCCGACAGCCAGGCGGGACACGCGCCGCCGUACCACCAGUGGCCUGCUUCUUGUCCAGGUAGUGGUGGUGCCUGUCCUAAGCGUAGCUCUUCUUUCCAUGGCCACACUGCUCGGCGUGUUCUGGUACAAGAAAACCAGGCCAGUGCAAGCAAAAAUCACCGACGAUGCGACGGCGGAUGACGAUGUGCUCGACGGCAUGAGCUACCAGAGGAUAUCCUACGCUGAAUUGGCCAAAGCUACCAACGGCUUCGCGGACACGAACCUGAUCGGUGCAGGGAAGUUUGGGUCCGUGUACCUGGGCACCCUGCCCCUGGUACUACCCAAGCAGGGUGCUCUGGCGGCGGCGGCCGAGAACGUCGCCGUGGCGGUGAAGGUGUUCGACCUCCGUCAGGUGGGCGCGUCCAGGACAUUCCUGUCGGAAUGCGAGGCGCUGCGGAACGUCCGGCACCGGAACCUCGUCAGGAUAAUCACCUGUUGCGCGGGCGUGGACGCGCGCGGCAACGACUUCAGAGCUCUGGUGUUCGAGUUCAUGGCGAACUACAGCCUAGACAGGUGGGUGAAGAUGAGGAGCCUGAGUGUGAUCCAGAGGCUCAACAUCGCCGUGGACAUCGCCGACGCGCUCUGCUACCUCCACAACAGCUCGGUACCACCGAUCAUCCACUGUGAUGUCAAGCCCAGCAACGUGCUCGUCGGCGACGACAUGAGGGCGGUGGUGGCUGACUUUGGCCUCGCGAAGCUGCUCCAUGAGCCCGGGUCCGGCGGCAGCCACGGUGACCACACUUCUUCCAGCGGCACAAGCACAAUUGGCGGCUUGAGAGGCACGAUUGGAUACGUCCCUCCAGAGUACGGCACGACGGCGACGGUGUCGACGCACGGCGACGUCUACAGCUUUGGGAUCACACUGCUGGAGAUCUUCACGGGGAGGUCACCGACGGACGACGCGUUCAAGGACGACGGGCUGACGCUGCUGGAGUUCGUGGCCGCGUCGUUCCCAGACAAGAUCGAGCAGGUCCUCGACCCGGCCCUGCUGCCGGUCGAAGGGUUUGAUGAUGAUGGUGAUGAUGGCCAGGUGUCCUGCAGCUCCGACGACGGCGGUGCGCAUAUCUCGGAGCACGAGUGCCUGGUCUCGGCCGUGAGGGUGGGGCUCAGCUGCACGCGGGGAGUGCCGUUCCAGAGGCUCAGCAUGACGGAUGCGGCCACCGAGUUGCGCUCCAUCAGGGACGCUUGUGCCCGUUCAGCUGCUGCUGAUGAGCAUCCUGUUGGAACCGAAUAGCGUUCCAGUGCGCGAACCCCGCGACGCUCGACGACGGUGACCACGGCGAGAGCUAGAAGAUGAACUCAAGAUAUAAUUAAUUAGGCGCUGCCCAACAUUGCAGCCUUUCGGUCUAUUA